AUGAAAUACCUCUCAUAUACUAUUACAUUUGUGAAAAAUACUCAUCGCAGCUGCCAACGCAUUAACAAAAGCGCUAGCUUCGGGAUGAUUGGUUCGCUUGCGAUAGGAUUUGUCUUGAUGAUAGUGUCGUUCUGGGCUGGCACGUAUGUCAACGUGCGAGGAAACCCAGUAAUGCUGGAUUUCAGCGACGGCGCCAGCUCUACCCGCGGCGAUUCUAACGCACAUAACAACCUGGGCCUGACCGGCGCUAAUUUGUUACAUUUCUUCAAAAACAGGAUGUCCGACACCAAGGACUUGACGGACGCAAGAGGCGUUCAGGUCUCUAGGUUCUACGAUGAGGUGGUGCGGUAUUUGACCGCGGAAAAUGCUGGCGCGAGCACGGCCGAGGGAACGUGCUUUCCCGAGGGCUCAAUUGUGAGCAAGCUGACUAGAAACGUGAACGUGGUUCCAAAAGUGCACUCGCACAACGACUACUGGCGAGACCUGCCGCUGUUCGAGGCGCUCUGCCACGGAAUACCGAGUGUGGAGGCCGAUGUGUGGCUGGUCGACAACGACACUCAACUAGCCGUCGGCCACAACGAAGCGUUCCUUGACCAUGCGCACCGCACGCUGCACUCGCUUUACACUGGACCCCUGCUGACUAUGCUGAACGAGGUGAACUGCAACCUCGGCGACAAGGACCACAAGUACGGAGUUUUUUACAGCUCCCCAGAAACCACGCUCAACUUGUACAUCGACUUCAAGUCGCCCGACAGCACCCAGACUUACGCCCUGCUCAUGGACCUGUACCUCAAGCCCUUGAUUGACAUGGGUUACCUAACGUACUUCGACAUGGACGAAGAAAAAGUUGUCUGGAACCCCGUCACAGUGAUUCUGACCGGCGACUACCCGACCGACCCCACCGUGCUAGACGGCCAGGAACAGAAAGGGUAUUACAACACAACUCAGAGGUUCGUUUUCUUGGACGCGCCAAUGCACAAACUUGACGAACAUUAUAGCGGUAUAUCUGUUGUGGCGUCGGCAUCGCUGCAACAAUUGCUGGGAAACUGCAAAGACUUAUCUCAGGAAGCCGACCGCUCUCUGUUGCGUCAAGGCUCUCUGCCUACUGAGUCCGUUACAUGCGUUGCGAAACAAGUGCAGAAGGCUCAGUCCUUAGGACUCAAGACACGCAUCUGGGGCGCACCAACCUGGCCCGAGUCCUCCAAACAAAAGCUUUGGUCGCAGCAGAUCUUCGACAUCGGAAUCGACUUCCUGAAUACUGAUGACCUGGAAGAGGUGACACACUUGUAA